ACCCCGCCGCCGCGCCGUACGUCGGGCUCCACGCUGCCGGCUGCCAUGGCGGACGUGUCCGAGCGGACGCUGCAGCUGUCUGUGCUGGUGGCUUUCGCGUCCGGAGUGCUCGUGGGCUGGCAGGCGAACCGACUACGGAGGCGCUACCUGGACUGGAGGAAGCGGAGGCUGCAGGACAAGCUGGCGACGACUCAGAAAAAGCUGGACCUGGCCUGAGACCCCGCGCUGUCGGUCGGCGCCGACCCCCACGCGCCCUCCUCGCCUCGCCCGCGCGGGGGCUCAGGCCGGCUUCACACUCACCGCCUGCCGCGCCUUGUUCUUUUUGGAGAGUUGUUUGUCGAAGAUGGAUAUAGAGCACUGGAUGGAUCUAAUUUCUCCUUGCACUUUAUGAGUCAAUUUUAUUUUCAAAAUAAAAAAAAAUUUAAACAUC